CGGCUGUACGUUUGACGACCACCGAGGUCGUCACAAUUCAAUUUGCGUCCUUACGACAACAGCAUGGACGCUAACUACCACGAAGCGCUCGACGUCAAGGAGAAGCACCUCCAAGACGAGGGCGAGAACGAGAUCCCGCAGCACAUCCUCGACCAGAUCAAGGAGUACCGCAGCGUCAUCUACUGGUCGCUGCUCUUCCUCGACGGCUCCGUCAUGUGGGCCUACUACUCGUGCUUGACGGCGCAAGACUACUACGCCAGCACCUUCCCGGACGUGAAGUUUGCCUUCUUGACGACACCCGUCUUGACGUGGCCGCUCUCGCUUGGUCACAUCAUCCAAAUGUGGUUUGGCCUCGAUCGCUCGCUCGGCAACAUGAAGCGCGUCAUCAUUGGUUACUUUAUCUUUGGUGUCUGCUGCAUCCUCAUCAUCGUCCAAGGCUACCUUGACAUGAGCCAGACGGCGGGUGCCACCAUGGUUUUGAUCUGCUUUGGUCUUGUUGGUGCGGCGCACUCGCUCACCGAGCCUGCCUACUACAACGUCGCGUCGCUCUUCCCGGACGCGCACUUUACGAACGCGAUCCAGGUCGGCAACGUCGCGGCCGGCGUCCUCAACGUCGUCUUGGCUGCGCUCAUCCACUUGGCUGUCGGUGGUAUCCACGACACGGAUCCGGCCGGCAGUGUCAAGCUGUCGUUCUUUAUCUUCAUGGCCAUGCUCUUGGUCAUCUCGGUGGGUGCCGUCGUCGUCUACUACCGCCUCGAGAAGAUUCCGUGCGUGCGCUACCUCCUCGACCGCGCCGCGGCCGACCACAUCAAGCACGGCGAGGUGUCGCUGCCGCAGCUCUGGUCCAAGUUUUCCGCGUCGGCAAGGUCAUUGUGGUGCCCAUGUCUGGCGAUCUUCCCGGGUAUUGGCAUCACCUCGACGUUCAAGCUGGAUUCGGUCACUUCGUCGCCGGGUGCUCCGUGGAUCAUUUCGCCGGGUGUCGUCGGUCCGUUCAACGUCGGUGAUCUCAUCGGUCGUCUCGCGUCGACGCAGGCGGCGGUCAACUUUUUCUCGCUUCGCUUUUGCUUUAUCUUUUCGUUCUGCCGCUGGGUGUGGUUGCCGCUGCUUCUCAUGACGGUGUCGACGAGCUCGCUGUACGCGUUCGGUGACUCGCACUGGGGUGCGUACGUCUUCAUUUUGGUGCUCUACCUUUUCCUUGGUAUCACGGGCGGUCUCUUCUCGACGAUCACGAUCGGUAUGGGCCCGCUGCUCGUGCCGCAGGAAGACCGUGAGGCCGCCGCGGCGCUCAUGGUCAUGGCGCUCUUCCUUGGUCUCUCGUGCGGCUCGACGUUCGGGUGGGGCAUCAGCAACAACCACUGGUUUGGUUUGUAA